AUGGAAUAUUCAUGCCUUGGAUUAAAUGAUUUAGCUGAUGAAAUUCUUAUGAUUAUUUUCAAAAAACUGGAUAAUAUUGAAGUACUUUAUUCUUUACUAGGUGUCAAUCAACGCCUAAAUAAAAUUGUUCACGAUUCAGUUUUUACAAAUAGUUUAUUUCUUGGCAGUGAAUUGCGUAAUGAUAUGAUACGUGAUCGAUUUUGUUCAAAAAUUUUACCUGAAAUUCAUGAUAAAAUCGAAUGGCUUCAUCUUGAAUCAUCACAUAUGAAACAUGUUUUGCAUGCUACUGAUUAUCCUAAUUUAUAUGGUCUCGGCCUUUAUAAUAUUAACGAAAACUUAGUUCAAUGCCUUUUCAAUGAUAAAAUUCUUUCAUCUGAUAUUUUCAAAAAUCAAAUAACAAGACUUUUAAUUACAAUUAAUAAAAACGAUGAUUAUUAUAAGAUGCUAUUGUCAGUGGCAAACAUAUAUUAUUAUAUCUUCACUGUUUUCACUCGUCUGACUGCUUUAGCAUUAUAUGAACCAUCAUAUCAAAGUUGUGCUCGAUUAAAUUUUAAUGAUUCAUUACAUCCUAAUAUUCGUUCUUCAACUCUUUUGAAAUUGAAUAUCAGAGUACAAUGUUUUGAUGAUUGUCUUUGUAUUCUCGAUGGUCGUUUUAAUCAACUUUACUCAUUCUCUGUUGACUUGGGUUAUAUUCAUAUUCCAGAAGAAAUGGAAAAUCGAGUUAGUUUUACAAGAAAAACUUCUGUUCUCAAAUAA